GCGCGGCCGGCGGCCUCGGGAGCGGGCUCGGGCUCGGGCUCGGGGUCCCUCCGCUCCGCUGCCUCCCGUCCUCCGCGGUUUGCGUCUCCUGGUGACCGGGGCGUACCGCGGCGAGGCCAGGAGCGGCCGUCCACCCCGUGCACCGGAGCCUGGGUCCGGAACACCUGGUCCAGCCCCGGUCUUGGGUCAGGUUCUCCUGCUAAGGCCUUUACACAUUUUGUCUGGAAGUUGGAUUGUAAGUCAAAUACCAACUUGGCUGAUGUUUGUCUAAAUCACAUAUCUUAAAAUGCAGUCACAAAAUGGAGACUUUGACAAAGACCUUGGAGAGGAGGUUACUGCACAGGAGGUGCCAGAAGUUUCUGUGAGUGACACCGGUAACAAAGCUACCCAAACAGAAAAUGAAGUGUACAGACUGGAAGCGCAACUAGAAGGUGCAGAGCAAGAAUCUGAAGAGAAGGCUAUUGAAAAUGCAAUUAAUCAAAGGCAGUCUAAAGACAGCUUGAAGGAGUAUAGCACCAGAGACACCUUCCAACAAGUGCAAAAGGAUGUUAAAACUCAAGAAAAAACCAUCAACUGUAUGUCCAGAGCAGAUCAACAGAAUGGACAAAGAUCAGAUCGUGAUCACAAAUCGGUAACAAGCUCAUUCAGUCAAAGGACAGAAGAGAAGAGUGGUCGUGUAAGAAUGACAAAAAAGAUUCUGCGAGAUAUCUGUAAACAGCAAAAAUUAUACUUGACCCCAUACUUAAAUGAUACGCUUUACUUGCAUUAUAAAGGAUUUGACCGCCUGGAAAACCUGGAAGAGUAUACUGGAUUGAAGUGUUUAUGGCUGGAAUGCAACGGCUUAACAAAAAUUGAGAAUUUGGAGGCUCUGACGGAGUUGCGUUGCCUCUACUUGCAACUCAAUUUAAUUAGCAAAAUUGAAAACCUUGAACCUUUACAAAAGCUGUAUUCCCUCAAUAUCAGUAACAACUACAUUAAGACCAUUGAGAAUCUCUCUUGUCUGAAAGCCCUGCAGACUCUGCAGAUCGCUCACAAUAAGUUACAAACAGUGGAAGAUAUACAGCACUUGCAAGAAUGCCCAAGUAUUUCUGUCCUCGAUCUUUCCCACAACAGCAUAAGUGAUCCAAACAUUAUAACUGUUCUGGAGACCAUGCCUAAUUUGCAUGUGCUGAAUUUGAUGGGAAACCAAGUGAUAAAGAAAAUUGCUAAUUAUAGAAAGACACUUAUUGUUCGGUUAAAACAACUAACAUACCUGGAUGACAGACCAGUUUUCCCAAAAGAUAGAGCCUGUGCAGAAGCCUGGGCUGUUGGAGGGCUUGAAGCUGAGAAAGCAGAAAGGGAAAAGUGGGAAACCAGGGAGAGAAAAAAAAUUGAAGAUAGCAUCAAUGCUUUAGCAACAAUCAGACAAAAAGCAGAGGAAAAGAAAAGUCAAAAGUAUAUGGAAGAAAGAGAUAGAAGUGUAAAAUGUGGAAAUGGAGGUGCAACAGACAUCUUAGAAGCACCUGCAAAUACAGAUGACAGUGAUGGAAAUUCUAAUGCACCAGAGACCUCAAAAGAGGAAGAAACUCAAGAGAAGAAUGAGAAACUUAGAAAUGAAAAUUUUGAUGCCCAUGAUGAAGUGACAACAGUUCUACCAAAUAAGGGAGAUAAGACAGAUUUCCCAUCUGGAAAUACUCAUGCUAGGAUUCAAGAGGAUGCACAAGAAUCAGAUUCUUACAGAGACUCAAACUUCAACAAGACGACAGACGAUCUACCAAGAGAGAAGGAAGCUACUGAAAAGGCCACGCUUGCUGAACUGGAUGAAUAUGCUGAAAUUGAAGAGAUCAAACUGGAGACACCAGAGAAACUUUAUCUUGAUGAACUGCCUGAUUUAGAAGAUACAGAUAUAAGUGAAUUUCCCCCAGAAGAGAAAAUCUUUAUUCAAAAGCAGGAAUAUCACCCAAAGAUUGAAAUAAUUUCUGAAAUGACAAAUGACAACAAUUCAGCAUUAGAGGAAAACAAUAAAAGCAUGUUUGAGAAUUCAGUAGGAGAAGAAGUUCCAACAGCAAUUUUUUCAAAUAUGUGUAAGAUACAUAAAGAGCAUGAAAUGGAGCACUUAAGACCCCUUGUUGAAAGCUUCGUUACAGAGCCUGUUAAUUUGGAAAGGUACCCAGAGAUCAAAGAUAAACAAGCAACUCCCUUGAAACCCUUGAUACAAGAGGUUGUCACUGAACCCCAGAAUAAUUUGCUAUUGUCACCAGUCUGCAAUCAAGCAGAUGACCCAAGCCCAUGGGAAGGGGACAGCAAGAUUACAGUUACUUGCUCUGGUAAGAUGAUGGUGACAUAAUUAAGUGACACAAAGGAAAAGGUGGGUGGCACAUUUGCACUAAAAGUAAGGAUUUGUUCAGCUCUUGUGGAAAAAGUUUUGUAUCCACUGUUAGUUAACUUCUUCCUUUUAUUUAUGUGUGAAUUCUAAUAAGUUAGGAAUUAAAAUGCUAUUUUCUCUUUUUCUACACAGAAGUUCUUGCUGAAUUUUAUUUAAAUGGUUUUUAAAAAUUGGGCUCUACAGCUCUUUUUCCAGUAUUAAAGACCACCAGUAGGUUUCAUUUGCCUUCUGCCCUCAUGGUCUAACAGAGAACAGCAGCAAUGGAGAAGUACUGUACCUGGCUGAGGGUAAAGGAUGUCUUCACAAAGCACAAGGUGACAAUGAGCCCUGAGAGCAAAUUAGAUUAAUCCCUUUGAAAAAAAUAACAGACCAAAUGUGGAGCACAGUGCCUGUGGUUAUUCUCAAAAUGCAGAGUUCAGCACUGGAACUGUUAGUUAAAGCUGACCUAAUGCUUAUUUUGACAUAGAACCCACCACUUUCAGCAGAAGGACUUGGUGUUUCCAGCGGUCUGAGGCUGCUGCGACCUCCUGCAUUCCACCUUCAGGGCAGAACUUGUGGCUGUGUCAGCGUGAAAAUUGCUCAUAAUCCUCUGUGACCCACAGGGAGCCAGUGUCUGUGUCCCCACUGCCAAACCUGCCGCGGUUCCGCAGCUCCAAGCCCUCCAGGGCAGCUGUCAGCGGUUGCUGCCUCUGAAAGUGAGGGCAUUACUGUCUUAAGGUUAAAUUCCACUCUCUUAUGUAAUUUUUACCCCCUGAUUCCUUCUAAAAAUUACUUAGUUAAAUGUUUAUA